AUGCACAAGAGCUACGGGCUAGGAGAGGUGUACAGACAAAUAAUUCCCACACUAGAGCACGAGAACGACGGGCUCAUAUUUACAUGCGUAAACUAUGCGUACAGGCCAGGGACAUGCCCCGCAUACUUUAAAUGGAAACCGCCGCACCUGAACUCAGCGGACUUUAGAAUAAAGAAAUCGCCGCUAGCCGACGGUCUCUACAGCCUUCUGGUGCUGGAGAGUGGAAGAGAGGUUUUUUUCGACUGGUACUGGAUAGAUCCUCUGCUCAAAGACAUAGAAGAGAAUGCAAAUGCAAGAAAGGGAGCAGAGCAGGUAGACCACUACGGAAAAAUAGAGAACUUUGACGACCUAGACAACAAGAUAGGAGAGUUCUCGUACAAAAGGAAAGAGUACACCAUCAAUGUAAAUGACUACGCGCUGGAAAAGGGAAGAUGGUGUCUUCUGCGCAUCAGAGAAGACAAAAAGACGCCAAAUGGAUAUAAAACAGCAGUGAGUGUGCUAGAGUCAAUUCGAGAAAACUUAACAUACAAGGAGCUGGAGGGAAAAAUAGAAAUAAUCCGAAAUAAAUGGAAAAAGAGAGAAAAAGAGCAGGAAACCAUAAAAGAACACAAUGAAGAAAGAUCAGACCCAAAUAAAAGAGCAAAGGUGUCCAGCGAGUAA